CCUCCCUUGUUUAACCAUUCCUCGUUCUCAUCGAACCCUUUAAAAACAUCGAAAACCUUAUUUUUCUCAGGCUUCGAAGACCAUUUUGAUUGAUUUUAUCACACAACGAAGGACUCUCUCGUCAUGGCUGAAAAUGAUGUCAACAUGCAACAGCAAUUGGCUAGAGAGGAGGAAGAGAGGAGGCUGAAGUACUUGCAAUUUGUGCAAGUGGCUGCAGUGCAUGCUGUGUUGACGUUCACGAACCUGUAUAUUUAUGCCAAGGACAAGGCUGGUCCGUUGAAGCCUGGGGUGGAGACUGUUGAGGGGACGGUUAAGAGUGUUGUUGGACUUGUUUAUGAUAAGUUUCGCGAUGUUCCUAUUGAAGUUCUCAAAUUUGUUGAUCGUAAGGUGGAUGAAUCUGUCACUAGUCUGGACACCCAUGUGCCCCCACUUGUCAAGCAGGUGUCAUUCCAAGCCCUUUCAGCAGCUCAAAAUGCUCCAGUGGCAGCUCGAGCAGUGGCUUCUGAAGUUCAGCGCUCUGGUGUGAAAGGAACAGCCUCUGAAUUGGCGAAAACUGUGUAUGCCAAGUACGAGCCUACAGCCAAGGAACUCUACUCCAAGUACGAGCCGAAGGCGGAACAAGCUGCUGUCUCUGCCUGGCGCAAGCUCAAUCAGCUCCCCCUCUUCCCUCAAGUGGCCCAGGUGGUUGUGCCAACUGCAGCCUUUUGCUCUGAGAAGUACAAUCGAACCGUUGUCAGCACAGCAGAGAAGGGAUACAGGGUAUCCUCAUAUUUGCCCCUGGUGCCUACUGAGAAGAUUGCUAAGGUGUUUAGCGAAGUGCCAGAAUCAACCCCAUUGAUUUCCAGCUAAUCAUAAGGCCUAUGCACACAAAAUUUGGAUAUGAAGUGCGGAUGUUUCCUUUCCUUUCCUUUCCUUUGUUUUUUAGUUUUUCUCUUUAUUUAAAUUUACCUGGUGACUCUGUUCCGCGUGUAUAUGGAAAGGCAUGUUCAGACUACAUGUAUAUUUCAGUGACAAUAUAUGUUUUAUCAUGUGAACUCCUGAAUUUGUCUUCCA